ACAGCAGUUGCUCACUCGGAUGCAGCGGGUCGGCAGUGGUCUCCCCAAAGGGUACCAGGUGGCGUCCCGGAGUACCAGCGCAGCCCUCGCACAACAAAACCAGUUGGUCACACUGCCAAUACAGCUGCCCAAGGAUGAUGUGACAGCUGUGCGGGACAAUGUCCACGCGGAGAAUGGUUUCCAGAUGAAGAUGGAUGCCCAAGGCUUCACUCCGGAGGAGCUGGUGGUGCAAGUGGACGGCCAGUCCCUGAUGGUGACGGGCCAGCGGCAAGCGGAGAGCUACAGCCCGGAUGGGGGCAGCUACCGCGUGGCGCAGAGGGUGCACCGCCAAAUGUUACUACCGCCGGACCUGGAUCCUGCCGCCAUGACCUGCUGCCUAACCCCCUCGGGCCAGCUGUGUGUCCGAGGCCAGUGUGCGGAGCUGCCUUCCCCUGAAGCCCCAGCAGGACACUCCUCAAGACUCAAGGAUCGCGGUUCUAAGAAGGGUUCCAACCUAGUCUGACCCAGUAAACCACCACCAUAGUGAGCAGCAGCCUUAGAGUCCGUGGUCUUUUCUUGGGGUUGAGUCAGAAGUGGAGGUGUAAUGAAGGUGAGGGAGACCAGAAAGACACCUUAAAGUGGUGGUCCACGAAGAAUCAGGCCUCUGUGGUCCUGGGAGAAGGUAGGGGACAAGGGGAGGGCAAUGUGGUCCUGCUCAGCUCAGCUUGGACCAAUAGCCCUAACCCUUAGCGGCAGAGAGCAGCAGCGCCAGCAGGGAGCAGCAGAGAGCUGGGAGGGCCCAAGAGUCAUCUAGUUCCAGAGCCAGCAGAGGGCCCACAAGAGUCCAAGGAACAGAUGGCUUGGACCUGGUGUUAGGUUGCUAUCUCGGCCUUAUGAGCAGUCCAAAGUUCCAGAGGUCAUUGGUGUUCUUCAGGGAAGAGGGUGAGAGGACCCAGUCCCUCACAGUCCUGAUACAGAUUAACCAAAAACCCCAAAGAACUUGCUUCUGGUGUUUCAGAGACCAAUUACUUUGUUUUUCUUUUAUGUGUGUGUGGUUUUGAUUUUGAGACCAACUAUUUUCAAAUUCAGACUGCACAUCACCCCAAUUUAUCCUGGAGGUCGUAGGGGAGAGGAAAACACAGGACCCUCAACUUCAAACAGUGAGAUUUGGUUGCAGGUCACUCUUACUCCACUCCCAUGCCAUUAGCACCGGUAACAGUAAGGGCCUCUUUUUUUGGUUACCAAGACCACUAUCCCCUCACAUGGGGUUGGGGGGGCAGCUUUUGUUUAACAAGAUUUAGUGGUCCAUUUUAAAUUCUAGUAAGCUAGAGAGGAUACAGUCUGAUAAAUUCUGCCAGAGAAAGACAAGACAAGCAGGAGGUCGAUCCAUCGGCUGACUAUAUUGACAAGAUACUGAUUGGUUACAUGUUGAAGAAAACAUACAAUACAAAAUACAGAAAAAGUUGGUUCCAUUCCCUCCCACUUC